AUGACGGACAAGAGGCGAAUAUUUAGAGAUGUCUCUGUGAUCACAAGGUUCAAUACCGGAAGUGAUCACCGACUUGUACAAAGCACUCUAAAUAUUGACUACAAGCUCGACCACGCCCGUCUAAUGAGGUCUACACUCCGACCAAAAUUGCUCCAAGCCGUGGAGUCUAGUACAUUUCAGUUAAAACUGGAAAACCGAUUCGCUGCCUUGGAAACCAACACUAACGUUGACAUCAACCAAGAACUCGACCAAGUGGUGGGUAUCCUUAGGGACGAGGGGACGAAAUUAUAUCCAGCGCAAAACACCGGCAAAAGGUCCAAACUUUCGGGAGAGUCUCUAGAGCUAAUGCGAAAACGACGUGAAAACCCUACAGUCACUUCGUCAGAUCUUAAUAAAAAAAUUUCAAAGCUAGUAAGACGCGACCUCCGAAACUCCAAUACACGCUCUAUAAAAGAAGCGAUUGAGCAAAAUCGGGGGUCGAAAGUCUUUGUUCAAAAACUAGGUCGAAGUCAUCUGACGAAGCUGACCACUUCAAAGGGAAAAGUCGUCACCUCUAAGCUCGAGAUUCUUAGGGAAGUUCAGGACUUAAAAUCGGACGGUAAAUUAUAUACAUCAGUAGCGCCUCGUCCUCAACUCGACCCUGGGGAUCCUAGAGCCACUUUAGCCCCCUUCACAGAAGAGUUGCCAGAAGUAAGCCAAGACGAAUCGUGA